AUGGGUGAUCCAGAAGAGUAUAUCGGGGCGGUGACCCUUAUGUCUAUGUUGGGAAUUGAGUAUGGGAGUGGAGUCCCUGUUCUUGUGAUGAUUCACACGUUGGUUGAGAAUACAAGGAUGAGGAGUAUGAUGAUUCAUAAUUUCCAGUUUGAUAGUCAGGAUUAUUACUGGACAAUUGAGAUGUUCGGUAGUGGAUGGUAUGAAUUUUUUCAAUCAAGAUAUGAUGCUAGAGGUAGACGAGGGUUUACAACAUUGCAGAAGUGUGUUGCGGCCAUUCGUUUGAUGGCUAUGGGGGAGUCACCCGACACCAUGAACGACUAUAUGAGAAUGUCCGAAAGAACCGCAAGGGAGAGUUUAUAUACAUUGUCAAGGGGUGUUGUUGAAACAUUUGGAGACGUGUAUUUGCGGAAACCUUCGUUGCAUGAUUUGCAAGAAUUGUAUGUGGCGCAUGAAGAACGUCAUGGGUUUCUCGGAAUGAUCGGAAGCAUUGAUUGCACACACUGGAAAUGGAAAAAUUGUUCGAGGUUGUUGCUUCUCAAGAUUUAUGGAUUUGGCAUGCAUUUUUUUGGGGUUGCGGGUUUCAACAACGACGUCAACGUUCUUGAUCAGUCACCAAUAUUCGACGAUCUUUUGAAUGGAAAGGCCCCGGAUGCUCCUUUCGCAGUAAAUGGAAACGAAUACAAAUAUAGAUAUUACCUUACAGAUGGUAUAUAUCCUCAGUAUUUUACAUUCGUGAAGGCAUUCCGUCAUCCGGUUGAAGAACGAGACAAAAAUUUUAAGAGAAGACAAGAAGGAGCACGUAAGGAUGUGGAAGGUGUUUUUGGAGUGCUGAAGGCGAAGUGGCAUAUAGUUGAACAUGCAGCACGACCAUUGGAUUUAGAAACUCUAUGA